GUUUAGUUUACAUUCGACGGUCGUUCGAAACGUUUCUGUUUUAACAGAAACAAGAAAAUAUUGAUCAAUCGUGUGUCGGUUAAAUUAAAAAUUCAAUCGAUAAAUAAAUCGUCGGAUUAUAUUCUGUUGGUAUAUCGAACGGAUAUUGGCAUACCAAUUAAUUAAACAUUAAGCAGCUGGUGAACCUGUGCUAUUUAUCAAGUCAGACGAAAUCGUGUCUUGCUUGGUGCAUUGCUAAAUAACAUAAAAUUAGUCAAUGAAAUAACAUUAAGUGAAUUGCAGCGUAAGAACGCAUGCAUAAGUAUAUAUAUGUGCAGUUUCUACAGCAUAAAACUGGUGUGAUAUGGUGCAUGUAAUUGUAACGUAUUUAUAGGUGAAACACGGAAAAAAACGAUUCAAAACUUAGAUUAUACCUGGUGUGCUUUAUGUGUAGAGUUAUGUGUUAUUCUCAUGUGCAUACAGUUUACCAAUGCAAAUGAAAUCAUAAUACAGUAAUCUUGAUUGAUAAAAAAAAGUUUUAAUAUAAACGAGAAAUAAAAAUUGUUUUUUUAUAAAUAACGUCGUUGCAAAUCGACAAUUUAAAAUUGGAAAACAAUGAAGUACAUUACCAUUGGCUGCUUGAUAUUGGUUUACGUUACAAGACUGACAUAUGGAACCUGUGUAUUUGAUUCCGAUUUUGGGUUCAUACUUAACUGUAACUUCAAAAAAUCAUCUUUAUUUCGUGUCCGAAACCUUGGUGGUGUGAAGGCACACUUCGGGUUAGGUUUUAGCGUAGGUGAUGAAUUGGGAUUUGCAGAAAGUCUUGGAAAUGUUGAAGGAAAUAAAAGACGUUCGUUGAGUGAACGGCAAACAAUUAACACAAUAGGCGUACUGCCAGCGUCCAAACAACCGGCGAUACAACAACAGCCGAUUCAACAAAACAAACCUCAAGCAUGGACGGCCAGACCACCACCAGCCAUCUAUCAAAAGCCUAAAAAUGGAUUGGCUAUGACUGAGGCGGUGUCCCUGCCACUCGGUGUUCCUGCAUUCCGGCCUGUACCGAAAACAUAUUCGGUGUUAAGCACGCAACCACCAAUGACCGCUGCACAAAGUUCUUUCAAUAGGAAAGUUAUGCAACAGAGACCGAUGCAGAUUCAGCUAGCAAAUGUAACGUAUGUAAAGCCUGUACGAGUUCAAACAUCCGUUGUACAAAGUAUUCCGAAACCACAGAUGGAACAAACCUCGACACAGUUUACAGUACCAGCGUUUCAAGCUCUUCCACAAUCAGUAACUAAAAUCUCAUCAGGCCAAAUAGUUCAAUUAGAUUCGAAGAAAGCCGUCAAUACCAACACCAUUUAUCCAUCAAAUUAUGUGAAGCGUGAGGAUGUCAAUCAACCAUCAAUAGACGAUCAAUCACAGUUCAUCGCGCCUCAGCCGUUUACCAGCCCGUUGAAACUACCGAAAGUGGAUCUUAUGGGGCAUACGGUUGAAGAAUUGGCAGCAGCGGCAAAUAUCAGCGUUGAAGCCAUACAGAAAGCAAUUCAAAUGAAGCAGCAACAGCUUCUAGCAGAGCAACAAGCAGCUAUGUAUAAGCAACAAAUUGAAAUAAUGCAACAAUUUGCAACCACCACCAAAAUGCCGACAAGACCGUCGACCACCACCACUACAACAACGACAACCACGGCACGACCAGUUACAAAAAGAUAUCAAAUUUCCGGGGGAAACAAGGUGAUGAACGCUCCGAAGGAGUACUAUCCCGCAGGAUAUGAGAAGAAUUUCGAUGACAAUUUUAUGAGUAAAGUCGAUUUACCAGCAACAUCAUUCCAUUGUGGCGACCAGAAACACUUUCCUGGACUAUAUGCUGACAUGGACCUGGGUUGUAUGGUAUUCCAUGUUUGUGCAUUGACCGACGAUGGACUUAUUAUGAAAUCGUUCUUGUGUCCGGAAAGUACGCUGUUCGAUCAGACGAUAUUGAAAUGUAACUGGUGGUUCUAUGUCGACUGUAAGAAUUCAAAGAGCCUGUACGAUUCAAAUUUGCCGGUCUCGAAAAGCUAUCAAUUGAUGAAAGCGUUGACAUUCUUCUCCAACUAUAAGAACAGUGGCAGUAACGGAAGUGGUGGCGUUGAUGUGGAAGCUUUAAAAAAUUCUGUGAAAUCUAACGAAACGACAUAGAGUUGGUGACGGAUGUUCGAUUCGUUUGUGUCGUUUAGAUAAAUUAUUUAUUUUUUAAUUAUUGUGUGUGUGUGCGUGUGUGAGAGAGAGAGUGAGUGGACCUUUUGACUCUCCAAGUAUAUCGACGUUUAGUUAGAUUUCAUUAACGAUGACUUGAUAAGAAAAUUGUUGAACAAGCAAUAAGAUGGCAACGAUUUUCUUAUUGAUUCUUUGCCUGUCGUUACAGUGUGUGUGUCGUGUGCUAUUUUUUACACAUUUAUUUUGUCAUUUUAAUUGGAAAGGACUAGUCAUCUGUUACCGCCCAUGAAGACCGAUGAGGUCUGGCUUAUAGUGUUGUCUUAUGUAGCAAAAUUAACGUUGAAACCAAUAGAUUUACUGUAAAACGUCGACAAACAUAUUGAACACUAGAUUUCAUUGUUAUGUUGGUCAAUUGUUCUAGAAACAGACAGGGUCCCUUUAUUUAAACGAUCUCAUCAGAUCGACCUUCAAACUAUUCAAUCGUCUAAAUUUCGCAGUUCUGUUUAAUGUAACGCUAGCUACACGCAAGGUAGCAAGGUGAAGGAAACCUAAAAAAAGAAAAGAAAAAUUUGAAUUAGGUCGUCUUCGCGUUGCUAUUUGUAGCUAGUGUAACCCUCAACAGUCUUUUAGUCAUUUCAUUGAAAGAAUUGGCGCUAAAAUAUGCAACCGAAUAAACGCUGAUUUAGAUAAAGAUAUGAAUGACACCUAAUGUGAAUUUCAACCUAAGUUUUCUACUGUUUCUCUCCAAAGCACUAUAGAAAUAUUUCAGCCGGAAUUUCGCAUUAGGUUUCAUUUAAGUCUCUAUAUCUUUAGGUACACAUAACAACGUAACAGAGACCUAAUUCAAAUUUGUCGAUUGUCAAACUUGACAGAAGAACAACAAAACUGAGUUAGGUAUCCUUCGCGUCACUAUGUGCAGCUAGAGUAAAUCAGCAGUCUAUCUGUCUACACAAAACGUAUUUUAUCAUUUUUGAAACUUAUACGUUUUAACGUUUCAAUUUCAUAUAAUUUUGCUUAACGGUUCAACGAUGACAUUUUCCGAUUAAAGUGAAUUUUUAAUCGACCUAAAACACGCAAUGUAAAUAUAUUUAAGUGGUUUAAGGUACUAAAGGAUUACUGCAGAGUGCAGAGGACAGACCUAAUUGACAUUUGAUUUUUGGAAAUAUUCUUUUCUAGCAAUUUAGUUAUAACGUUAGCCAAGGUAUUGAUGUAGAUAUUUUAACAAUAUUGUUACACUUACGUUUGUACUUUCCUUGUGUACACACACCUCAUUUUGCUCAUAUUUGCAAUUUUUUUUAGUUUUUGUUUUAAAUUUAUGACAAAAAAAAGUGUUGCAUUCUGA